ACAUGUGGCAGCCAGAUGGAUGGGAACGUACCGGGAGUUCUUUCUUACAGGAAACGAACAUCCCCAGCAGUCACUAAAAUUUUCCAGAAUGAUGCCAAGAAAAAGAAAGCGGUUAACUCCAUUAAAUGCUGUCCAAAGUAAACCCAGCUUCUCUCCAGCUGACACCUCUGGGAGCCUGACAGUUGUUCUUGAUGGGAAUUCCUCUCCAGUAAGCAGCAAAUACUUCAGUGAAGAGAAGAGGACAUCUUCCCGGCUAGGGACAGAUUUUUUCAACCAAUCCUGCAUCAGCCUGGCUAAAUCAUUUCUAGGACAGAUUUUAGUUCAUAAACUUCCCGAUGGCAGAGAACUCCGGGGAAAGAUUGUGGAAACGGAAGCAUAUCUGGGUGGGGAAGAUGCAGCUUCCCAUUCAAAGGGAGGGAAACAAACUGCAAGAAAUGCAGCAAUGUUCAUGAAACCGGGAACCUUGUACGUGUACCAGAUCUAUGGGAUUUAUUUCUGCAUGAAUGUUUCCAGCCAGGCUGAAGCACAUUUGGGAGCCAAGCAGCUGCUAAGAUGCAUGACUAGAAAAACAGGCAGUAGGUCAGUGGAAAACCAGAAGAAACAAUACAGACAGUUCUUUGGGGAAGGGGCUGCAGUCCUGCUCCGGUCCUUGGAACCUCUGCAGGGCCUGGACACCAUGAGGCAGCUGCGAAGAACUCAGAGGAAAGGAUCAGCCAAACCACUGAAGGACUGGCAGCUGUGCAAUGGGCCCUCCAAGCUCUGUCAAGCACUUGCUAUUAACAAGAGCUUUGACCAAAAGGACCUGGCUCGUGACACAGCAGUCUGGAUGGAGCCUGGCUCAGAAGCACCGGGAGAGCAGGCUGUGGUGACUGCAGCCAGAAUUGGUGUCAGCUACGGUGGAGAGUGGGCACAGAAACCACUGAGGUUUUAUAUACGAGGGAACAAAUGCGUGAGUGUUGUGGACAAGAAGGUGGAGAAAGAGCAAGGUGCUGCAGACUAGAGGUGUGGGUGCUUUCAUUAACUAUCAGCCCCAGACUCUGACCUAAUGGAACUGGGCCAGGGGGGUGGUGCGGUGCUGGUUUGGAAGCUGUUUUAAUAAUAAAUGUGCUUUGUUACAA